UCGCCACUCGCCAGCCACCGCCACACCACCCCACCCCUGCACUCCACCACCACCGCCGCCGCCCAAACCGCCGCCGCCGCACUCCCGCCGCGCGCCAUGGCGGUGAGCAACAACAUCACGGCGUGCGUGACGCUGCUGGCGCUGAUCUGCGCGGGGCCGGUGAUCGCGUCGGGGGUCUGGUUCGCCUCCGCGCAGGGGGACGAGUGCGCGCGCCUGGCGCGCUGGCCCGUCGCCAUCCUCGGCGGGCUGCUCCUCCUCUCCGCCCUGGCGGGCUUCGUCGGCGCCUACUGGAACCGCCGCGGCCUCCUCGCCUUCUACCUCUUCGCCAUGGCCGCGCUCAUCGUGCUCCUCAUCGCGCUCCUCGUCUUCGCCUUCGCCGUCACCCGGGGCUCCGGCGCCUACCCCGUCCUCGGCCGCGCCUACGACGACUACCGCCUCGACGGAUUCUCCAUGUGGCUCCGCGGAUACGUCUCCGACGACCCCGCCCGGUGGGAGAAGAUCAAGGCCUGCCUCGCCGUCUCCGACACCUGCAAGAAGCUCCAGCGCCAGGCCGCUUUCGUCAACGCCGAGCAGUUCUACCAGUCACGCCUCUCCCCGCUCCAGUCGGGCUGCUGCAAGCCGCCGUCGGUGUGCGGGUACACGUACGUGAGCCCGACGGAGUGGACGAGCCCGGCGCGGCCGGCGGCGGACCCGGACUGCGCGCUGUGGAGCAACCACCCCGGCGAGCUCUGCUACGAGUGCGAGUCCUGCAAGGCCGGCCUCCUGGAGGCGCUCCGCGACCAGUGGCACAAGGCCAACAUCGCGCUCGUCGUCGCCACCGUCUGCCUCGUCUUCCUCUACCUCAUCGGGUGCAGCGCCUACAAGAACGCCCAGGCCGCCGCCUUCUUCCGCCACUACAAGUAAUAACUGAUCAGUCCGUGACGACGACGAUGAGCUGGCUGGCCGGCCGCAGCGGCGGGAUGCCGGUCGCCGGCGUGGCGUCGCCGUCAGGUUGGUUCAGCAAGCUACGUGUGGGCUGUGUUGUGGACAAGUAGUUGUGAUUGAUGUGCUUUCUUCAGACUCUUCUUGCUUUGUGGUGUUUGGUAGCAGUAGACGUGUAAGAUGUGUAACAAUGUAAGGUAGUGGAGAUGUAAGAUUGAUGAGAGUCGAUGUUUUUUAGUUUUCUGCCAUCGAUUAUCAGCAAUGGUGCUAGAUCAGUGACCAAGUGAGAUGUACUAUAUGGAUCAUGGGAUGGCUGGUCGGUUCAGAUUCGUCGCUUCUGGCGUGCUGUCGGGUCGGGGCAGUCAGAUUUGCUGUUAUGUUAGGCUCAAGUCAGAUUUUGUU